AAUAUUAAUUUACUUCACAGACCUACGUAAACUGUGUCUCUUGGCAACUUGGCACGAGCGCUUGCACCUCUAACAGUUUCAACGGCGCUGUCAUGGAGAUAGUGACGUCAUUCAAGAAAGUCAAUAUCUGCCCAUUGGUGGAUAGUAUCGGUCUGCAGUUACUUAUACAGGAAACUAAUCGAGAACGACGGGCUGUGACGUCAGAUGAAAAGCAGCUCUCCGCUGACUGUAACACAUCAGAUGUUAUGGAUUGUGACGUAGAAUUUAUCCGUAAGCUGAAAGAAAACGAAGAUCCAUGUGACUCCCUAUUUGCAUACAGGAGAUGCAUCCAUCGAAGUACUCGCAAAUGCCAUGACGCUGUUUCUUACAAGGUACGAGAAGGUAUUAAGCACAUCACAAGGGCCUAUCGCAAUGCAAGACUGUGUACGGGAGAAUGA